GUGGAGGCGUCGUGGUGAGGCGCAAGCAGCGGCUGCUCGUCAGGUUUGUACCUCACCACGAAGUUCAGAGGGGUGGCGCACUGAGGGGAGAGGACACGUUAGGCAGCAGCAGCAGCAGCAUACACACUAUUCACUUCAUCCAUGGGGUAGAGUUACAGGGGAGUUGUCGAAUAACACAUUGACACUAUGGCGGACAGCGACUCCGGUGAUCGCUACGAGUUUGAUGCCCCAUCGCACGUAGUGGACAUGCUAAUGUUAGCAGAGCAGAAGGCUGAGGGCGAGGACAAGUGGUUUGAACAACAGACCAGUGAUGGCCGCCUUGUUACUCCUCUGAGGACUGACAAAUCCUUCAGGGACAUCCAUGACCUGGACCUGCGUCGAGCCAUCGUAGCCCCGCAGAUCAAGGUGGACGACAUCCCAGCUCCUAUUCCACCCCCACCCCCACCCCCAUCUCCACCCCCAUCUCCAACUCCACCUGCUAACCUGGUCACCUCCUGGGGUGCUGGGUCUCCAGCUCGCACUGGUGCGCGCUCAAAGAGGACCUCUAAUCCCCCAGCACCUCGCAGGGUUUUAAAGCGUAAAGAGGCGUCCAGUGGUCCCGCUCCACCCUUAAAGAAGCACAAAAAAACUCCUGAACCCCGAAAGUCCAGCAGUGUGCUCCGCCGCAGUAAAUGCCCGCAGAACAGCAGGACGGCGCCUAAGAGCCAGGCAGCAGCUUCAGCUACUUCAAACACUUCAAACACAGAGCCAUCUAGCUCUGAAGACCAAGAGAUGGAGCGCAUCAGGACCCUGCAGAAUGAAGUGGCUCUGCAUCGGAAGCAGAACGAGGCCAGCUACAAAGCGGCUCUGGCUGGCAGUGACUGUUUGCAGUUCCAGAAUCGAACCCCCGAUCGCUACCAUCUGCGCAGUCGCAAGAGUAUAAACAAAGGACCCUCGGGGGUGAAGGGGGAUAAGCUGAAACUCACCCAGUCACACACCCCUCACUUGAUGACCCACCGGAGGAACCGCCCCACCGUCACCAAGAGCAGCGCUGAGCUGGAGGAGGAAGAGCUGGAGAAACAGCAGAAGUUUAAAAUCAUCGCCUUGGAGCUGAACCGGAAGAUCCUGAAGAGCGCAGAGUGCCUGAAGAGACCCCCAGUGAAGGAGUCCACAGUGCCUGAAGGCUUCCAGCUGCAGAUUGACAAGAGGCUGCAUGAGAGGCAGACCAAGAGGCCCCAGGAGGCCGAGGAGAAGCAUCCCAGCUUCAGAGCCCAGCCGCUGCCCAGAAAGAUCCUGGAGGGAGUCGUGGGUCUGCCAGACAAGAAGGUUCUGCAACCGACGGUGCCAGAGUCUCCAGCCUUCAUCCUGAAGAAAAGGGUCCGUGUGGAGAAGGUGGAGGAGGUAAAGCAGCCCUCGCCCAUCAAGGCCCCCCCAGUGCCUCACUUUGGGCUCCCCUUCCUGCCCCAGCUGCAGGAGAACCACCACGUGGAGGUGUGUCCGUUCUCCUUCGAAGAGCGGGACCGAGAGAGGAGGGCCCUGAAGGAGAAAAAGCUGGAGGAGAAGCGCAAUGAAGAGGUGCCUCACUUCAAGGCCCAGCCGCUGCCCGCCUUUGACGCCGUGCUCCUCCCCGAGAAGAAGAGGCUGGAGCCCACCAAGCCCGAGCCCUUCAAGCUGCUGCUGGACGAGCGGGGGGCCGUGAAGAGCAGUCGCACAGAGCAGAUGGCCAAAGAGGAGCAGAAGCGUGAGGAGGCUGCAGUAUUCAAAGCCAGGCCCAACACUGUCACUCAUAAAGAGCCUUUCCAGCCUAAAAAAGGCCUGCGGGCUCCAGUGGUCGUGGAGGCCUUUGCGCUGUCGACCGAGAGGCGGGCCCACGAGCGCCAGGAGUUUGAGCGUCUGGCCAAUGACAAGGAGGCUCUCAGGAUGCUGAUGGAGGAGCAGCAGAGACAAGAGGUGGAGCAGAGGGAGAAGGACGACGUCACCAAGAUGCGGAAUGACCAGGUUCACGCUGCUCAGCCCAUCAGACACUACAAACCUGUGGCCGUGAAGAAGAGUGAUGUCCCCCUCACCAUCCCCCACUCCCCAAACUUCUCUGACCGCUUCCGCCUGUGAUCAGGACUCACUCUUUAUUUAACCACUUCAGACAUUGUUGAACGUUUCCCAUUAGUGUGGCACGCUGGAUGUGUUUGAGAUGCCAGGAGCUGCCUUUACUGUCUUGUUAUCUGUUUAGCUUUAGCCACCUGCUGUACAUUAACACUUUUCUAUCAGUGCUUUCAUGUCUUGCCCACACUAUCAUUCCAAGCAGCAUAUUCUAUCCUUUUGCUUCUUUUAUAUACUGCUUUUAAUCAAUAAAGUGUAAGAAUUCCAAAUAA